CAAAGGCAAUACAAAUCCACCGGCUGGGUGCGAGUGCAAAGCCACCAAAACAGGAGCUAAGAGACACUUCUCAAGAAGAUUCUGCCUAUUCAAAAAUCUUUAUUCUUUUUUGUUGAGGAGCUAGGUGUUAGCUAUUUUUUAUUUUCUUAUUUUAUUUAAAGGGAAACCAGUGAAUUGAAAAUGAGAUUAAAUAUUGCCAUCUUCUUUGGGGCUCUCUUUGGUGCUUUGGGGGUUUUACUCUUUUUGGUGGCUUUUGGAUCAGAUUAUUGGCUUCUUGCAACUGAAGUUGGAAAGUGUUCAGGUGAACAGAAUAUAGAAAACGUCACUUUCCACCAUGAAGGAUUCUUCUGGAGAUGUUGGUUUAAUGGGAUUGUGGAAGAGAAUGAUUCCAAUAUCUGGCAGUUCUGGUACACCAGUCAGCCACCAUUGAAGAACUGCACGCAUGCUUACCUGUCGCCAUAUCCCUUCAUGAGAGGAGGGCACAACUCGACCUCCUACGACUCUGCAGUUAUUUACCGUGGCUUCUGGGCGGUCCUGAUGCUUCUUGGGGUAGUUUCUGUGGUGACUGCGAGCUUUUUGAUCAUCUGUGCAGCCCCCUUCGCCAGCCAUCUUCUCUAUAAAGCCGGGGGAGGCUCCUACAUCGCCGCAGGCAUCCUGUUUUCCUUGGUGGUGAUGCUGUAUGUCAUCUGGGUCCAGGCAGUGGCUGACAUGGAAAGCUACAAAAACAUGAAAAUGAAAGACUGCUUGGAUUUCACCCCUUCUGUGCUGUACGGCUGGUCAUUUUUUCUGGCCCCAGCGGGGAUAUUUUUUUCUUUGCUAGCUGGAUUACUAUUUCUAGUUGUUGCACGGCAUAUUCAGUUACAUCACUAAUCAAACUGUUGCCACCAGUAUUUUCUUGAGAGAUUUUAAAACAGAGCAUUUUUUAAAAUUUUGUCUCCGUGAUCCUAGCAUAGAAUGAGUUGAUGUAACUUUUUAGCUGCUAUGUGAAUUAUCCAUUUUACUUGGGAUCUUCUCUAAUAAGAGGGUCCUAGAAUCUCUCCAGACUCCAUCUUGCUUCCAUCUUAUCUAAGUGCUCUCAAGAAUCUAGUUUUUUAGGGAACAGGUAACAUGGGCCUUCCCUUCACUGCACUUGUUAGAGUUUGUGGGUAACAAAGG